GUUGGAGGAGAAAAGGAAACAUAUUUAUUGGACUCCUUGUGCAGCUCAUUGUAUUGAUUUGAUGCUUGAAGAUAUUGGGAAGCUUCCCUUGAUAAGGAAGACCAUUAGAAGGGCAAUUAAUCUAGUUGGUUUUAUCUAUGCCCAUUCUAGUACCUUAAGUUUGUUGAGAAAUUUUACAAACAAGAGGGAAUUGGUGAGACAUGCUAUUACUAGAUUUGCCACUUCUUAUCUAACCUUGGAAAGGCUUCACAAAGAGAAAGCCAAUAUUAGAAAAAUGUUUACUUCUGAUGAAUGGACCUUGAACAAGCUAUCUAAGGAGCCUAAGGGAAAAGAAGCUGCAAAGGUAGUGCUCAUGCCUUCUUUUUGGAAUAGUGUGGUUUACACUCUUAAAGUCAUGGCUCCACUUGUGAAAGUGCUUCGUCUUGUGGAUGGUGAAAGGAAACCAGCCAUGGGCUAUAUUUAUGAAGCAAUGGACAAGGCAAAAGAAACAAUUAUGAAGUCUUUCAACAACAAUGAAAGCAAGUACAAAGAUGUGUUUGAAAUCAUUGAUAAAAGAUGGAAUUGUCAGCUUCAUAGGCCAUUGCAUGCAGCUGCCCACUUCUUAAAUCCAGAGUUCUUUUAUGACAACACUGACUUAGAGUUUGAUUUUGAGGUCACCAAUGGUUUGUUUGAGUGCAUUAAGAAGUUGAUUCCACAAUUUGAUGUGCAACAGAAAAUUCUAACCGAGUUGCAUCUUUACAAGAUUGGUGCUGACCACUUUGGUUCCGACUUUGCAAUGGCUCAAAGGAAAACCCAUUCUCCUACAUAUUGGUGGCGAAUGUUUGGGUCACAAACUCCAAAUUUGCAGAAGCUGGCUAUUAAGAUUUUGAGUUUGACUUGCAGUGCUUCAGGAUGUAAAAGAAAUUGGAGUGUGUUUGAGCAAAUUCAUUCCAAAAAAAGAAAUAGGCUUGAGCACAAGAGGUUGCAUGAUUUGGUGUUUGUCAAAUACAACCAACAAUUGAAGCAAAGAUAUAAUGCAAGAGAUGAAAUUGAUCCAAUUUUUCUUAAUGAUAUUGAUGUAUGCAAUGAAUGGCUCGUGGGAGAGAUGGAUCAAGAUGAUGAUAAUGAUGCUGGAAAUGAUUUGGUAUUUGAAGAUGAUGAUGCUCUAAAUUGGGCAACUGUGUAUCAGGCUUCGGGGGUUGGAGAGUGUAGGAUGUAUACUAGGCGGAAAAAACAAAAAACAAGUGUUGCUGCUGCCCAAACUUCUAAAAAACAGGCAAUGGUUGUUGGAUCUUCAUCAAGGAAGCAAAAAGCAGUCCAAGAAAAUGAUGAGGAUCUAGAUGUUGAGGAGAAUAUUGAUGUUGAAUCUGAAGAAGAAGAAAUCAUGGUCAAUUUUGAGGCGUCUGAUGGGGAAGAGGGAGAGGGAGAUGCUCCAUUACCAUAUGAUAACAACGAAGAUGAUUAUGUUGGGAUUGGAGAAGAUGAUUAGAGCCUCAACCUUCACUUUGCACUUUGCAUUAUGUUUUUAUCAUUUUCUUAUUUUGAACUCUUUAAUGAGUUUAUUUGGUGUUGGUACUUGAUUAUUGUAUGAACUCAUGAAACUUUUUUAGUUUAUUUGAAUGCAAUCCUUUGUUUUUUUCAAUUUCAAUGAGUUUAUAUAUAUGUUUUUUUUUUUUUUUUUUGUGUCCGCCAUGACAUCCGCCAUUUUCCGCUACGCCAUCCGCCAUAUUUUUAUGGCGGAUUUUUGAUUUUCCGCCAUGAACCGCCAUCCGCCAUUAACAAC